UUGAUUGUCGUAAGGAUUUUGGGUUGAUUGUUGCAGCUCUUCAAACUAGCUGCUGGAGAACAGUUCAAGAGUUGCAGAGGCAAAUGGAUGAAUACUAUUAUACACCCAAUUCAGGCGAUAAUUACUCCUAUGAAGAUGUUUUUAAUGAAAGCAAUGUCUGUGAAAUGGGCAACUAUUUUGUAUUUUACACCCAUCUCUCUACUGUCCUCUACACUCUGGCAUUUAUGCUCAGCCUGCUUGGAAACAGCCUCGUGUUAUGGAUCCUAUUCAAAUACGAAAACCUCACAUCUUUAACGAACAUCUUCAUCAUUAAUCUCUCUGUCUCUGAUUUAGCCUUCUCCUGCAUGCUGCCUUUCUGGGCAGUGGACCAGUCCUUUGGGUGGAUUUUCGGUGAGUUCCUCUGCAAGGCAGCAAAUGCUGUUUUCUCCAUUGGCUACUACAGCGGUGUUUUCUUUCUGACACUCAUGACGAUCCUGCGGUACUUGGCCGUAGCGAACCCACUUUCAACCUUGAGAUCCCAGACGCAGUGCUGUGGGCUUCUGGUGAGCUUGGCUGUUUGGACUGGUAGUACAUUAAUCGUGGUUCCUGAGGUUAUCCACACCACAGUGCAAGGAAACCUGGGGGACAAGAUCUGUGAUUAUGAUGAUUGGAAAUGGAAGAAGGUGGACAUUUAUCAAAGAAAUAUACUCUUCCUGCUUUCCCUUGGGGCUAUUGUAUUCUGUUACAUCAAGAUACUGAUAAUCCUGCUCAGAUCAAGAUCUCGCAGAAAGCACAGAACUGUGAAACUCAUCCUCACCAUUGUGUUGGCUUUUUUCCUGAGCUGGGCACCUUACAACAUCCUCAGCUUUCUGACUACUUUUCCAUCACCUACCUGUCAGUAUGAAAAAGACUCCAACCUUGCCUUUUACAUCAGCCGUAAAAUCGCUUUCUUCCACUGCUGCCUCAACCCUGUGCUCUAUGUCUUUGUUGGAGCCAAGUUCAAGAGGCAUUUGUUCCGUUUAUGCAGUCAGUAUUCACCCUGUGGCCACAAACAAGUCUCCAGCCCCAGGGUCUUCUCCCAAGGCAAAUUCCACUAUGAAGAUGUGUCCAUCUACUGAAGCAAGACCUCACUCGUAACACUUACCCUGGAUGAGCUUUCUGAUUCUAAAAGCCAUGGAUAACCUCUAAUUCUUAGAGGCACUUCCCUGAGAAAGACACAUAAAUUUACUCUUUGCAAACAUGCCGUGUAUGGAAAGUCACAACAAAAUGUACUUGUGGUGGGAUGGGGAACUGAGGAUGCUGAGAAAUCACUUCAUUGACCUGUAAGUCUUAUCUUUAUGUUUUGUGCAGUGAGAUGGGUUUUCUCCCAUGUUUAGUUUCUUUUUAA